AUGCUUUGGAAGGUCAACGAGCCUGCCCAGCAGGUGGCCUUUGCCGACAAGGUGCUGUUGAACAAAGUCGACGCAGUGAGCCGGGACAAGGCACAAGAAACAAUCGCAGCGAUUCGAUCGAUCAAUGCCUUCGCUCCAGUGGUGGAGUGCAGCCUGUCUCUGAAACCGGAUGCCGUUCCGGUGGAGGAGCUGGUGUCCAUAGAGUCGUUCGACUUGACCCGGCUGCUCACCGUGGAGAGUGAGCAAGGAGAGGUUGACCUGGCAGCGGUGCCAGAGUCGCAUGCUUCGGGUCACGAGCACUCUCAUGGCCACUCGCACUCCCACAGCUGUGAGGAUCCAACCUGCUCGGAUCCUUCCCAUGGCGCCCAUCACGGUCACAGCCACGACGCAGAUUGCUCGGACUCGUCGUCCGAGCACGAUACCCACGACACCCACACCCACCACGACACUGACAUCGGAUCCAUGGUUCUGGAGCUAAGGGAUGUCCCAAUGGACAUUCCGCGCUUUAACCAUUUGCUUGACGAGCUGCUGGAGCGCAGCGUGGACCUCUAUCGCUACAAGGGCAUCCUGGCCUGUGCCCAGGGAGGGAAGGUGGUCCGCCUCGUCCUGCAAGGCGUGCACGACAUGCUGGAUCUCUCCUUCUCCGGUGAGUGGCCGUCAGAGAAGCCGCUGCGCACGCAGGUGGUCCUCAUCGGGAGAAAGCUGGACAAAGCGGCACUGGAACAGCGCUUCCGUGAAUGUGCUUUGCUUCCCGAUGUGGUCUGA